UGUGGCAAAGACUACUUUUUAAAAUUACAUAGCAACUGCUGGUAUCCAAAAAUUCUACUGUUCUGGGACAAAUACACUCACCCAAACUACAAGGUAUACAAAUUCUUAGGUAACUACUAAACUGAGUAGGAUUAAUUCAGUCGAGUGGUUGGACUAUCACCCAUCGGACGUUACCAAAUACCUGAGACCGUACCGAAAAAACAAGAAGCGAGAGCAAAGAAAACAAUCGGUUUAUAAAAGCUUGUGACAAAUUUAUUGGGUACUGAACAGCAGAAAUUAUCUUACACACGAAUAGAUCGAACUAGUCGUCAAUUUGUCAGAUAAAUUACAAAGUUGAUAGGUAUGUUACCAACCAGUAGACCAUUUAUAUGGAUCAGAUUUGGAGAAAACAAAAAAGUAUUAGUCAAUAUGUGGUGUUCCUUUGAAAUUCUACUCAACUAUAUCGUAACCGCUUGCGACAUAGACCCUGAAAUUACAUUUGACUUAUGUGACACUUCGGGAAGGCUUUUAGGAUUAAGUGAUUCACAAAAUUACCAGCAAACUGUCCAAAGUCUUGAAGGUGGUGGCGUCUACAUUCUUGUAGCUAUUGAAGGAGACAAGUCAGAUCAACAAGUGAAUAUCCGACCUAUGCUUGAAAACUUUGAACAGUACUACCCUAACUUAACAGACCAAAUAUUACAAAACCUUCAUGACAAGUCGGAAAGAUAUUCCAAGAAAAAACAUAUGAAGCGGACACCGCUGCCAACAAAGGUGACAACUAGCAGAAAGACAAAAAAGUAGAGCAAAAUGAAAAUAUAAUCUUUUAAUCUCGGUUUUACCAUUACCCAUGUCAACAAGAAAAAAAGACUUUCAAAUGUAGAUAAAAC